AUGAGGGGAUUCCCCGCUUUCAGCCUCAAACUCCAGACAACACAGACAACACAGACCCUGAAACGACAUCUCGGUCGGAAGAAGAGAGCACCCAACGCCAAGAUGGAACCGACUCUUUCGUCCAUUAUCUUUACAGACUAUGCAGAUCAGAGUCAGAGUCCUCUCUUCUCGAUCCUUCCUCCGGAGAUUCGCUCCGAGAUAUUCGCCUACGCCCUGGCCAGUGCCCCUGACACUACUCAGCCCAUCGACCAGGAUGAGUAUUGCAUCCGACCCGGGUACGAGACUCGUCACUUUAGCUGGACACAGUUGCUUCGAACUUGUAAGCGAGUCUACAUGGAGGCGUGGUUCAUGCCAUUCAUCUGGUCCGAGCAUACAUUCUAUAUGGCCCAAGCAGAACGGUCUCCCCGCCGAAUCAUGUCUGUCAAGAACAUGCAGGAAUGUCUUGAUUUGAUCUAUCAUCGACAUGGCGAGGUUCAAGGCGGUCAGAUACGAAUAUUUGCUCAGCUUUUUAUGCUCGAAAACUCUCGGGACUUUCUGGGACUUUUCAACCCGGGCCUGCGCCAUUUCCACCCCAAAUCUGUCACCAUCACUUUACGAUACACCGAUACCUGGGAAUGGGAAACUAAUAGAGCCCUCCAUGUCUCUGGCAAAUGGUGUCGAUGGAUGGUGCUGCCGAAGAGUGUGACAAGCUUCAAGAUAGACAUUGAAAGCAUCGAGCGCCGCAAAGACGAGGUGGACUACAUUGCGAUCGAGGCCGCAAAGAAAUGGCACUUCAGACGUACUGAUGGUAUCAAUCUCCUGGCUCAACCAUCUGAUAUUUCCAUCUCACGAUGGACUGGGAGCUCCAUCUUGGGCGGCAGGCGUUGGGUCCGAGACGAAGUACGACCAGGUCAGCUUGAUUAUUAUGUUGCGACGGUGAACUGGCGACCUUCCCAGGACUCUAUCGGUGAUCGCCCACAGAGGAACCCGGAUCUGACUGUGAACUGGGCUCGACAAUUGCCUCCUAGUCUCAGGUAUUUUGAUCCGUCCCACAACAUCAACACCUCUCGCGCCCACCGGCCCCGAUUCUCCGACGACACUCGGCGCGUUGUUUACAUCAUGGCCGCAGCCGGUGCGCGGGCACAAAAGCCCGUCGGCUCUGCCGCAUGGAUCGCGGCGGAGAAGGAGAACAUGGCGGAGAUGCUUGAACAGGAAAUAGAAGAAGUCGAAUACCCCGUUCGGCAUGAAAUGGAAUGGUUGAACGAACACAUGGCGGAGAUCUUCUCAAAGGGCCAAGCGAACUUCACCGAUGUCUUCAAAACCCCCGGGAAGAUGAGGGGCAAGACCCCUCGCACAGCUCGAAAGCGAAAUGUGGAAGAGAACCGGGUGCCGCUGAGCGAGAUUUUCUCAUCUGCUCACAAACAAACGGAAAACAAGGCGAUCAGUCCCAGCCCUUUCAUCCACCGCGUGGUCUCAAAACCCAUCUCCGCAGCUCCAGGCCCAGUCACAACAUUAGCCCCCCUUCGCAUGAAUGAAGCAGAGAAGAUGCUACAACCUCAAUAUCCAGAUCUCAGUCAAAACUUGAAUUCUUUCACGAAGUAUAAUACAGACUCAGGCUAUCAUGGCAUGGAGGAUGACGACGAAAUGGUUUUGCCAGACACUCAGCCAGACACACAAGUCUCCACACAACCUUCGGAGGCGGGCGAGCCCAUGGAAACGAAUACCCACGCCGAUCACUCCAUCAGAGAGCAAACGGCAGACGAUUCCUUCCACUCUGCGCAGGAGAAUGUUCGAGCUCGCGGCGAGACUAUCGAGCCGAUCAUUACGGACUCGACCGCGCGGGAAGAGCGUGCUAUCCGUUCCAAGGAGGCCAAGCCCGAACACGCUGAGUCCGAUAUGAAUGACCUUACAGUCAGGGCGCAGUCAAAUCCAAAGCAACAAGAGAUCAUGGCAGAACAGCAGAACAACAAGACGCAGAAGGUUGACGAGCAGACUUCAAAUGCCAAUCCUUUACCGGAGAAGUUCCCAACUAUUGAGCCUCCCAAUGCUCAGCAACCCAAGAACGAUGACAUGGAGAUGGAAGAGCCAGUAAAGGAAGACAUCCUGGACGACAUUGACGAUAUUGACGAUAUCGGAUCUCCUUCGGACGGUUCUACUCCCGAAAGGCUCCCAGUGCGCAAGAGCAGUUUGAGUUUCGCCUCUCUCCCUGCCCGGGAACCUCUUACGAAGACCAUGGGAGGCUCGAGACUCUCUCGUACUAGUCACAUUGACCUUCCCAAGCUUAGCAAUGGUAAUCGCCUCAGCUACUUCGGCCGCCAAACUGGAGGCCACCGGACAGCUCAAGCCACAUCCGAUGACACUGUGGCUGACUCCGGCUCUAUGGAUGUCGACGAUGCAAAGGAACAUAGAGAAGACACAGAAAUUGACCAGGCCAGCAAGCUUCACAACAAGAAGUCUACCCAAAGUCUUCAUGAAAGAAUCAGCAUGCUCGGUAAACAGCAUGCCUCUCGAACUGGAAAGUCAAUCCCAUCUGUGGCUGGUUUGGCCAACGGCCAGUCUGCCGGCCAGGUGGCCUAUCCAGACUUGCAGACCUCCAAGGCAGAGAACAGGCCAGAAUACCGGCAGAAGCCAGCAGAGCCUGUGGCAGCGGCACCGACAGCAGGUGACGAGGAGGACUGGAUCAAGCCUUUGGCUUCGCCCAGCGAACCGACCCUUACAAGGAGCAAGACCACAGACGUUAUGGAGAGACUGUUUGAUUUGGAUCGAGUCCCAUCUGCUGAGAAGGUCGGUGCUCUGUCAGGAAAACCACAGCAUUCUGCCCAGCCAGAGCGUCCAAAGACCGCAACUUCAAUUUUCUCUUCCCCUCGUCCACACGGUCACCAGCAAAGUGUUUCCACAUCUCAUAUUGCUUUUGGCGGCUCAACAACACCAACUGGAUCUCCUAGACGCUUUGACGGGCCGCUGAGUGCAUCAAAGAUGAGACUUCAAUCGAUCAUGAAGUCUGCCAAGGGCUUGUUCACCAGCACUGGCAGCCCAGGACGAGGGGGACACCUCAAGCCCCGAGCAGCUGAGGACUCGACCUGUGAGCGCUGCGGUCGUUGUCCACCACGACAAGAGACCCGACGGACACGGAGCUCUACCGAGAAGGAAGAGAAGCGCCUGCAAAAAGAACGCGAGGAGCGUGAGGAGCGCCAGCAAGAAGAAGCCCGGCAGGAGAAAGCUCGGGAGCAAGAAAAGCUGCGGGCUCAGCAACUGAGGACGGUCCAAGACAAGUCCUCCGUCGAGCCCGAGGAGCGCUCGUCCCAGAAGUCGGCCCAGCCCCAGCGACAACAGCCUCCUCAAGCAAAACGAUCGACGUCCCAAACCGACCCGAGAGCCGGUCCAAAACCCGAGCCCCAGCCGGUCUCAAUUCGUGUGGGGAGCACACUUUCCCGUAUGCCAAUGCCCUCGUCCUCGGUCUCCAAUAUUCAGGAGACAGGUGCUCCCGCUCCUGUUCCUAUGUCCAAGACGAAUGUGAAGAAGGUUAGCAACCAGACUCUUCAAACGUCUUCCUCUGUGGGUAGCUUCAAAAGCACCGCGUCAAGUCAAACGCAGGCGCAGCGUAAGGCGCAGCUUGCAAGUGAGCGAAAGAGGGAGCAAGAUGAACGUCGAAAGGAGGAGCAGAAGCGAGAUCAGGAACGCAAGCGUGCUGCUCAGCAACAAGAAGAGGUCCGUCGGCAAGAGAUGCGUAGUCGCGCCGAGAGUCGUGCCGAGAGCCGUGCCGAAGCUGAGCGAGAGCGACGGGAGCGAUCAGCUCAAGAAGACCCCAAGAAGGCUGCCCAGAUGCAAGCAAUUGAGAAGCGACGACUGGAGAAUGCCCGGAAGCACGAAAGGCAGGGGAGCCAGCAGCCCACCAAUGAGGAGCCGAUAUUGCAGCACGAAAGAGCGCCUUCGCAGUCUCAACGGAAUGAUCUUGGAGCGACGAGGCCUGCAUCUCGCUUGGGCUCAACCCAACAGUAUCGACCAAUCAACCCGCCUGCUCCUAACCCAGCCAAGCCGCCCAAGAGAAACCACGAUGAAGACGCAGGUCAUCAUCGUGCGGCUGUCGUCAAGCCCAGUAACGUACAGGCUUCUGGUGAGGUCAAGCGUCGCAAGACCGAAGAUGAACACAACCCUAUGCAGUCAGUGCGGCCUUCAAUGCAUCCGCCGAUCCGCCAGUCUGGUGCUCGUAAGCCCCCCUCCAUGUUUGGCCUUUCUGGUAUGGGUCAGCCACCAAAGUAUGGCCAGCCUCAGCGGCCGGGAGAUCUCUCUAAGUUCGCAUCCGGUAAGAUUCCAUUCGCCGAGCCAAAUCACGCACCACCGCCGGCGCAAAAGGCUGCGCCUAGCUCUGCCCAGCGGGCCCCGCCUGUGGCCAAGCCAUCACCGAAAUACCCUAAGGGUGAAAACAUCCACCUACCUGAGAUUGCUACAGACAGCGAGGAUGAGGACGACUCUGACUCUGAGAUGUUCCCCGUUCCGGGGUGGGCGCAGCCUAAAGCUCUGGAUGAAAUCCUACGCGUGCAGGACGGCAUGGAAGUCGACUCGAUUUUCGGUCCCAUCGCUCCCUUCUCCUUGGAGGAAACUUUCAAGGCGGACAAGAAGAUCAAGAAAUACCGUGAUCGCACUAGUAGUGCCAACUGGAAUGGACCGGAUGGACUUACCCAGGAAGAGAUCCGAAGAGAUGUUGCAGAGCGGCAACGAUUGCGCCUCAAUGGCGGAUGGUCCUUUCGAUAG